CCAAUCUGAGAGAAGGCAGCGCUCGACUUUCGAACAAGUUCUUUUGGCUUUGGCCCGUCGUCGUCUUUCUAGCAGUGCUUUGGGUCUGGCAAGCUCAGCAGAAACAAAACUUUGAAAGUCAAAGAAGGAAUCUGAUCAGAGCUAACAGAGAAUUGCAUUGGUUGCGUGAGGCCCACCGUCAUCCAACCCAAGCAUACACCCCUGUCGAUCCACCUGUUACACUAGACAAGAUGGCUACCGAGCAGACUUACAUCAUGGUCAAGCCAGACGGCGUUCAGCGCGGUCUGGUCGGCGAAAUCAUUGGCCGUUUCGAGAAGAGGGGUUACAAGCUCGUUGCUGCCAAGCUUGUCCACGCCUCCGUUGAGCACCUCGAGAAGCACUACGCCGAUCUCAAGGGAAAGCCCUUCUUCCCCGGACUUGUCAAGUACAUGGCUAGCGGCCCAGUCAUGGCCCUCGUCUUCCAAGGCAAGGAUGUUGUCAAGCAAGGCCGUGUUUUGCUCGGCGCCACCAACCCUCUCGCCUCCGCUCCAGGUACCAUCCGCGGCGACUUCGGUAUCGACGUCGGCCGCAACAUUUGCCACGGCUCUGACGGAGUUGAGAGCGCUAAGAAGGAGAUCGCUCUGUGGUUCGGCGAGCAGAACCCCACCAUCGAGUACAACCGCGUUCUUGACUCUCAGAUCUACGAGUAGGGGAUUCGACACUCCAAAUUUUGACCAGUGUUUAGAGUACAAGCGAUGCGAAGCGAUGCCUUUGCAAUGAAAUGAUCAUCAAAAGCGUUCGAAGCACUUUACUGGUUCGAUAGCGUAGGAGGCGAACUGGGAAGGGCGAUGUGCGAA